AUGGAGGCGGGGCCGUCGUUGCCCCUGACCCCUCCCUCUGUGUGUUGCAGUGAUGUGCUCGCGCUGCCCAUCUUCAAGCAGGAGGAGCCCCAGCUGUCCCCCGAGAGCGAGGCCCGCCUGCCACCCCUGCAGUACGUGCUGUGUGCUGCCACGUCCCCAGCCGUGAAGCUGCAUGAAGAGACACUGACCUACCUCAACCAAGGUCAGUCUUAUGAAAUUCGGCUGCUGGAGAAUCGGAAGCUGGGAGACUUUCAGGAUCUGAACACAAAGUACGUCAAGAGCAUCAUCCGUGUGGUUUUCCAUGACCGUCGGCUGCAGUACACAGAGCACCAGCAGCUGGAGGGCUGGCGGUGGAGCCGGCCUGGGGACCGGAUCCUGGACCUCGAUAUUCCACUGUCUGUUGGUAUCUUGGACCCCAGGGCCAGCCCGACCCAGCUGAACACAGUCGAGUUUCUGUGGGACCCUUCGAAGAGAGCCUCCGCGUUCAUUCAGGUGCACUGCAUCAGCACAGAGUUCACCCCGAGGAAGCACGGGGGAGAGAAGGGGGUGCCUUUCCGAGUGCAGAUCGACACGUUUAAGCAGAACGAGAAUGGGGAGUACACCGAGCACUUGCACUCCGCCAGCUGCCAGAUCAAGGUGUUCAAGCCGAAGGGAGCAGACCGGAAACAAAAGACCGACCGGGAGAAGAUGGAGAAGAGAACUGCCCAGGAGAAGGAGAAGUACCAGCCGUCCUAUGAAACCACCAUUCUCACCGAGUGCUCCCCGUGGCCCGAUGUGGCCUACCAGGUGAACAGCGCCCCUUCCCCCAGCUACAAUGGCUCUCCAAACAGCUUCGGCCUCGGCGAAGGCAGCACCUCACCGACCCACUCCCACCCGCUGGAGACCCUGCCCAUGGGCAGCGAUCACCUGCUCCCAUCCGCCUCCAUCCAGGAUGCCCAGCAGUGGCUGCACCGCCACAGGUUCUCGCAGUUCUGCCGGCUCUUCGCCAGCUUCUCAGGUGCUGACUUGCUGAAGAUGUCUCGAGACGAUCUGGUGCAGAUCUGUGGCCCCGCAGAUGGGAUCCGGCUCUUCAAUGCCAUCAAAGGCAGGAACGUGAGGCCGAAGAUGACCAUUUAUGUCUGUCAGGAGGUGGAGCAGAGCCGGGCACCCCUGCAGCAGAAGCGGGAUGGUGGUGGGGACAGCGGCCUGUGCGUGUACCAUGCCAUCUUCUUGGAAGAGCUGACCACCUUGGAGUUGAUUGAGAAGAUCGCCAACCUGUACAGCAUCUCCCCACAGCACAUCCACCGAGUCUACCGGCAGGGGCCAACGGGCAUCCACGUGGUGGUCAGCAACGAGAUGGUGCAGAAUUUCCAGGAUGAAUCCUGUUUUGUCCUCAGCACCUUAAAAGCGGAAAGCAGCGAUGGCUACCACAUCAUCCUGAAAUGUGGCCUCUGAGCAGCACAGAGCGGCAGCUGCCUCCACCUCCCCGCCCCAUCGACCCCCUUGGAUGUAGGAAUUCACCAUCGGAAGCUGCAGCCUCCCUGGCCCGCUUGCAGCUAGAAGGGACCUUGCUGAUCUAAGAAAGCUGCACACUGGCAGCCAGCAGAAACCCACGCAGACCUCUGCAUGCAGAUCCCACCAGCAGAAACCCGCGCAGACCUCUGCAUGCAGAUCCCACCAGCAGAAACCCGCGCAGACCUCUGCAUGCAGAUCCCACCAGCAGAAACCCGCGCAGACCUCUGCAUGCAGAUCCCACCAGCAGAAACCCACGCAGACCUCUGCAUGCAGAUCCCACCAGCAGAAACCCACGCAGACCUCUGCAUGCAGAUCCCACCAGCAGAAACCCGCGCAGACCUCUGCAUGCAGAUCCCCCGGCUCCUCUCUCCCUUGCUCUUGGCCUCCAGCUUUUGAAUGGUUCCUUGGUCCUUUCUCCAUGCCUGCCUCUCUAAAGAGGCCGACAGUAGUGAGGGCGUCCGGUCUGAAAGGCCUUGCUGUCCUAGUUGGAGGCAAGUUCAUGGCUGUCUUGUUGCCAAUGUGCUGGUUCCUUCUGACCACUCCCCUGCCUCCAGGCAAAGCUCUGCCCCAACCUUCGCCUUCUUCUCUGGUAACUGGCUCCAUGGCCAGGACUGCUGACCAGAUGGGGGCGAUUUGCCACCAUCAUCUGUCUUCGUGUUCAUUUCCGUUCUCGAUGGUCCUGGUGAGCGUCUGUCUGUCCUGCUCUUGGGUGGAUUGAUGGGAGUGGGGUUUACUCCGUGCCUUCUUUCACGUUACCUUGUUCCUAAGGAUCUGCUACUACAAAGCCCUGGGAUGGGGCACCUCUCCGCGUAGGUGGGCGGACACCACGCAUGUGUGUGGGACCUGCCACACAGACCAAGGCCCGGGAGGGUGGGGAGUGGGUGGAAAGGCUAUUUUUAGGCUCAUUCUCACGAGCGUAAAAGGGAUGAGAACAAAAUAACUCCUGUUGAGUUCCUGUGGUGUGUGAUGUUAUUUCUCAGCAGUCGUGGGUGAGGAGGACUAGGACGGUGGUUGGCAAACUGUGGCUCAGCAACCCGCGGCUCG